AUGUCAAAUAUACGACCCCUACCAGAGGCGCUGCAAAAAAUUGCCUGCGAAGAACUUAACGAAGUGCCAGAAAGAAUUGAUCAAGAUUUACGAGAUUUUCGUCAAUGGAUUGAACGACAGCGGCACCUGAAAGCCCGUACAGAUGAUCAAUUUCUCAUAAGCUUCCUGCGUGGUUGUAAAUAUAGUUUGGAAAAGGCCAAAAAUAAACUAGAUAAAUAUUAUACUCUGAAAAGCAAAUACCCCGAAUUUUAUACAAUACAAAAUAUAGAUGAUCCGCGAGUUAUUGAACUCUAUAAAAUGGGCAUUGGUUUACAUUUACCCACACCCUUAAAUGAGAAUGGUCCCCGCAUUCAAUAUUUCCGCCCGGGUAAUUAUCCCACCGAUAAAUAUACCUUUACCGAUGUUAUGGCCAUUGCGAAUUCAUUCCAGGAGUUAAAUAUGCGUUUUGAUGAUUAUUGUGUGGUAAAUGGCUAUAUUCAGAUUUUGGAUAUGUCCAGCUAUACGGCUUCGCAUAUUCUGCAAUUGACACCAAAUAUUGUUAGGAAAAUAUUUAUAUUUGCUGAGGAUGCCCUACAUCUGCGACAGAGGGCUAUUCAUAUAAUUAAUACCUCGCCCACAGUUGACAGACUACUGAAUAUGAUAAAAUCGCUGAUGCCAGUGAAGCAACAGCAGAGGCUCUUUAUCCACGGCAGUAAUUUGGAAUCUCUUUACGAACAUAUACCCCUGAAAUAUCUACCCCGCGAUCUGGGUGGUGAAAAUAGUUCCUUUGAUGAAAUCAAUAAACUGCAAUGGGAAGUCUUUCAGGAAAAUCGUGAAUAUUUUAUUGAAAACAAAAAAUAUGGUGUCGAUGAAAGUUUGCGGGAAUCAAAAUCUACCGAUUAUACACAGCUAUUUGGAAUUGAAGGAUCAUUUCGAAAAUUGAUGGUGGAUUAG